AAAUUCUCUUGAACGCCGGAGAUAAAUUCUUUAUGGACAGUAUUUUUAUUUUUAUUUUUAUUAAUUAUACUUAAAAAAGAAGAAGUCUGUGCUCUCUCUAUAUGGAUUUAUUUUAUGUUAAAACAAUGAACUAGUUUUUCUGAGCUCACGAGAAACUUGCAUUAAGAUAUUGUUUCACAUGACUCAUUCAUUUCAUCUGUACAGCUCUCAUUGACUUCCAUCUAUUCGUCAUACAAACUUUGUCUUCUGUGGAAGAACAGUGUCUCCUCUGCCAAAAUAAAUCUUAGCGGAUUUGGCUUUCUCUCUCCAAGUGCACGGAUAGCUUGUUGAGAUGUCGAUUGGAGUGCCCAUCAAAGUCCUCCAUGAAGCAGAGGGGCACAUAGUCACCUGUGAAACCAACACUGGGGAGGUUUACAGAGGCAAACUGAUCGAGGCGGAGGACAACAUGAAUUGCCAGAUGGCGAACAUCACAGUAACAUUCAGGGAUGGCCGUGUAGCUCAGCUGGAGCAGGUGUAUAUUCGUGGCAGUAAGAUCAGGUUCCUCAUCCUGCCAGACAUGUUGAAAAAUGCGCCAAUGUUGAAGAGUAUGAAGAACAAAAACCAGGCAGCUGUUGCUGGUCGAGGAAAAGCAGCAAUUCUCAAAGCUCAAGUGGCUGCCAGAGGUCGUGGGCGUGGAGGACCAGGACGAGGGAAUGUAUUCCAGAAGAGGCACUAGUUUUAUAUUCAUUACUCUAUUUUUUUUUUUUUUAAUUUUUUUAUUCUGUACUUUUUUAUUAAUUAUUUUACCAGGAUUUUGGUUGGAUUUGGAUUUCAUGAUGUUUGUUUCAUGCUUGUGCAAUAAAUGGAUCAUU